AUGGUAACGAAACACGCUCUCAGCAAGCCCGGUGGCCAACCGUUCGUCCCCUAAGAGUAGCUACCUAUCCUCUUAGUUCCUUGCUGACACCCGUACCCAUCACAGACCGGCCGACGUUCUCAACAUACAUAUCGCCGCCGACUCCCCAAUGGAAAAGUAUCCAGGUAUCAAUAAGCCCGGCGAAUAAUUGUUUUUUUUUUCGCAUUGAAAUUAACUCGUUUCCAGCCAAGCAGCAUGCCCGAAAUGUGGCCCGACGGCUACCCACUCGUGACGGUCUUAUCUACCUGGAAGGGAUGUCGGAGGUUCUCUUUGAGGACUCAGACGAAGCAAUUAAAUUCCGUCAGAAGAGAUAUUUCUUGUACCUCACGGGGGUUGUGGAUAUGCCGGAUUGUUUUGUCACGUAUUCAAUCGCUCAGGACAGGUUAACCCUGUACGAAUAUCCCAUAGGCUUUGGAAAGGGGCAAGAGGAGUGCUGAUGCUGCAAGCUUAUAGAUACAUUCCACCUUUUGACCCGAAUGAAGUUCUCUGGUCUGGUUAUCCACCCUCGAUAGAGGAUUGCAUCUUCAAGUCUGCUGAACCCCCCCCCCCCCUCUGACACCAGCACCAACUAAGGAAUUAACGAAUCUAUAGAUACGAUGUGGACGAAGUUCUUUACUCUACUUCAAUAACAGACAAGAUAAUGGAGUUCCAUCUCACGUUUCAAUCUUCUCCAAUUUAUACCAUCCAUCAUCAAGUUUCACGGAUUCCCUCACGGAUCCCUAGGAAAUUUAUCUCCGAUCAGUACCUCCAACCCGCAAUUGACGAUUGCCGGGUUUAUAAGGAUGAUUAUGAAAUCAAAUUACUCCGCCAGGCAAACAUCAUCUCAGCAAAUGCUCAUCGCGCCGUUCUAGAAGCGGUGCAAACAGCACAAACAGAAGCUCAGCUCGAGGGAAUAUUUGUCCAAACCUGUAUUUCGCAGCACGCAAGGACACAAGCAUAUGACCCCAUAGUUGGAUCUGGGCAGAACUGCGCAACGCUACACUAUACCCGCAAUGAUGCACCUCUCAAAGGGAAACAGUUACUUUUGAUUGAUGCGGGCGCAGAAUGGGCCGGAUAUGCUAGCGAUGUCACUCGCACAUACCCGAUAUCCGGGAAGUGGACCAAAGAAGCUAGUGAAAUCUAUAAUAUUGUUGAUGAGAUGCAGAAAGAAUGCAUCAAGAAGACAGUUGCCGGCGUGGAUUGGAGAGAUACACAUCUCCUCGCGCAUAGGAUCGCUAUAAAGGGAUUAAUGGCAUUGGAAAUUCUAUAUAAUGGCACGGCAGAAGAAAUCUUCCAAUGUGGAACUAGCCGCGCCUUCUUCCCCCAUGGCCUUGGCCACUUUCUAGGGUUAGAGACCCACGAUGUCGAGGGCGCCCCGGAUGUCAAAUGGAAGCCCGCCACAGGCCAGUUAGGUUCCAUUGCCUCUCUUCCAAAACCAAUGUUGGGCCGUGGGCUAUACCGUGCAGUAGUGCGCAGGGUAUUGGAGCCCAGGAUGGUCAUUACCGUCGAACCUGGAAUGUAUGAGCUCCCAACAACUGCCCACUUUCCUCCAUCCAUAUGCAUAGCAAGGCUAACAAUUCCUAGCUACUUCUCGAGAUUCAUAAUCCAAGCCUUCCUCGACCACCCCGUCCAUAGCCGGUAUAUUAACAAGGCGGUCCUUGAGAGGUAUUGGGCAGUUGGCGGCGUCAGAAUCGAAGACGAUAUUCUCGUUCUCGACAACGGGAAGAACGAGAACCUGACUACUGCUCCUAGAAUAGAGCCUACCGGCUAG